AUGUCGCUGGAUGUUGUUGGCAGUGUAAACGGAGCUUUAGUCAGAACUUGGUGUCUAAAUACUUCAGAGAGCACCACCUUUAACACAUCACAAUAUACUUCAGAGAGCCCCACCUUUAACACAUCACAAUAUACUUCAGAGAGCCCCACCUUUAACACAUCACAAUAUACUUCAGAGAGCUCCACCCCCAACACAUUACAAUAUACUUCAGAGAGCCCCACCUCUAACACAUCACAAUAUACUUCAGAGAGCUCCACCCCCAACACAUUACAAUAUACUUCAGAGAGCCCCACCUCUAACACAUCACAAUAUACUUCAGAGAGCUCCACCCCCAACACAUUACAAUAUACUUCAGAGAGCCCCACCUCUAACACAUCACAAUAUACUUCAGAGAGCUCCACCCCCAACACAUUACAAUAUACUUCAGAGAGCCCCACCUCUAACACAUCACAAUAUACUUCAGAGAGCCCCACCUUUAACACAUCACAAUAUACUUCAGAGAGCUCCACCCCCAACACAUCACAAUAUACUUCAGAGAGCACCACCUCUAACACAUCACAAUAUACUUCAGAGAGCACCACCUCUAACACAUUCCAAUAUACUUCAGAGAGCACCACCUCUAACACAUCACAAUAUACUUCAGAGAGCCCCACCUUUAACACAUCACAAUAUACUUCAGAGAGCCCCACCUUUAACACAUCACAAUAUACUUCAGAGAGCCCCACCCCCAACACAUCACAAUAUACUUCAGAGAGCCCCACCUCUAACACAUCACAAUAUACUUCAGAGAGCCCCACCUCUAACACAUCACAAUUUACUUCAGAGAGCACCACCUUUAACACAUCACAAUAUACUUCAGAGAGCACCACCUCUAACACAUCACAAUAUACUUCAGAGAGCCCCACCUCUAACACAUCACAAUAUACUUCAGAGAGCCCCACCUCUAACACAUCACAAUAUACUUCAGAGAGCACCACCUUUAACACAUCACAAUAUACUUCAGAGAGCACCACCUCUAACACAUCACAAUAUACUUCAGAGAGCCCCACCUCUAACACAUCACAAUAUACUUCAGAGAGCACCACCUCUAACACAUCACAAUAUACUUCAGAGAGCACCACCAACACAUCCAACAACAGCAUCAGUACAACAUUCAGCACCCUGUCCACGACAGUGACCGUGCCGAGUCUGGUGUGUGAAAACAAGGGUAUCUUACAAGACGGGAUCUGCAUCUGCCCAGAUGAUUGGACUGGAGCUACCUGCAAUAUUCCAAAUUUCUGCCCUGAACAAAAGCACACACGAACUAGCAAAUUCACCUUUCCAAAAACUGUCCUAGCUGGCAUGCACCAGGCAUCAUCCCUCUGUAAUAUAGCUACUCACUCAUUUGAUCCUCCAAACAUUCUCAAUUGUAGUUUGACCCUGGAUGUCAUUAAUGCAUGGGUUUCUGAAGCUACUCCCGAAAAAAAACAGAACUUAGCCUCCAACACCCAGAUCCUCACAUCCAUACCAGAACGACUAACACCCAUCAACAUCACAAAUGCAGCUGAAAUAACCAACAUCCUGCUUUCUGAUCAACAAACUACACAAACUACGGAUAUUGCCAUAUCAGCAGUCGUUACAAUCAGUCAGCUCCUGGGUGCAAGUCGUGAGAUGUACUCUUCUGUUGAUCAUACUGCAAUUUCUGAACUAACACAGACUCUACAGAAACUCUCCCUGCGUGAGGAACAAAAUCCAUUGUUGGUGCAACCGAAAAUGGCUGUGCAGUCACUGAAGGGACAGAAGCCAAUCCGACAAGUGCAGUUAACCUCUUUUAAAGGGCUGAAUGAUAACUUUUUACCUGACAGAAUUAAACUGCAAAUAACAGACGCUGAGUUUUCCAAACAAAUAGUUGACCUUCAAAUGAAUGUCACAUUCAGUGAAGAUUUUGAUAAAGAUAUUGGGUUUGUCCUCUAUGAUAAUGAUCAGUUCUUCCAGUCAAAAAGCUUUCAACCUUCUUUGGAUACCAAGAGAAGAGUGAUAUCUGCUAAUCUUCAAGAAAAUUCUGGAAUUGAUCAGGUUCAGUUUGCAGUCACACCAUCGGCCGAUUCGACAAUGUCCCUCAGUGACUUUGCCUGCGUGUCUUGGAGUUACAGUAAAAAGGACUGGAUCACUGACGGUUGCACUAAAACUGAGAGUCCCUUGGGACAUGCAGUUUGCAGCUGUAAAAAACUAAAAAAUGCAAACUUUGCUAUUCUGAUGGCAUUUGAUAUCAACUAUCAAUAUUCUGAAGCCUUGAAUUGGAUCAGCAUCACCGGCUGUGCUCUGUCUGUUCUGGGACUGUCUGUAACAGCAUUGUACCAAAUCAAAACCAGGAAGUCAAGAAGAGGCAGCCCUACUCUGCUAGUGGUGAACAUCUGCUUGAGUAUGAUGGCUUUCUACCUUCUCUUCAUCUUCGGCAUUAACAACCCUGUCCAACAUGUGAAUGAACCAAAGAUAUCUGGCGAGAAUAUAGUUCCUAAGUCUGAUCACCACAAGUACACAGAUCAGGGACCCUGUACAACGUUUACAGCUCUGCUUCAGUACUUCCUGCUGGCUACGUUCACUUGGAACACUCUGUACGGCAUUAAUGUGUUCCUGCUCUUCAGAAACUCAGUGUCUGGAACACCUCCAUGGUUUCCAUGGGUCGCCAUGGCUGUUGGAUGGGGUUUGCCUGCUGUUAUUGUUGGUAUUUCAUUGGGUUCCACUUACAGUGUGGAGGAGCCUUUAGGUUAUCGACAAGAGGAGUUUUGCUGGUUGGCUUCGCUGGACCACAAAAAAAAGUUCAGUAUAAAGACACCCAUGUUUUGGGGAUUUGUGCUCCCUUUAUUGCUCAUGCUGAUCUCAAGCACAGCAAUACAGCUGCACUUCUCUUACAACAUCUGCAGAACCAACCCUAACUUAAACAAAUCACUUAAAACUCCUCUGAAGAAGAAGAUGUUGAGUAGUUUCUCUCUGGCAGUGAUGCUCGGUUUGUCUUGGGUCACAGGCUACAUUUUGAUGAUCGCCCAAGAAAAAAAUCUAAAAUUUAUUCUCAGUGUGGUUUUCUGUCUCUUAAACACAACACAGGGUGUCCAGAUAUUUAUUUUAUUCACUCUGAGACCUUUUUUAAACUCAAAUCCAGGUGUUCUUAACUCUCUGCAUGCACCAGAAAUAGGCUUACACAAGAAAACUUUUUUUUUAUGGAAAAAUAAGACACCAGAAAGCAACGAAAGCUACAAAUCCACAGAUCUUGACUCUAUCUGAAAAGGCCUUCAAAGAUCAUUGGUGAGACUAUGGUCUUCUCCUCAACGGUGAUACAUCAUGCAGUGAAGGCUCAUUAAAUGAAUGAAGACUAAAUUAAUAUUUAGAUAGUUAGAUAUUUUAAGAAAUUGUCAUUAGGAGCCUCUUGGGCUUUGUUCACACUGCACAUCAAUCUGAUUUGGUUUUAAUCUUCAAUGUUUAGUAUUGAUUUUAGACAUUAGACAUAGUAUUGAUUAAUUUCUCGGGUUAUUCAAUAUGAGCUGCUUAUUCCAAAAGUAUUAUUGCUCUUUAUUGCCUAAUGAAUGUCACAGAGGUCGAUGAAUAAAUGCUGAAAAUUUACUUAGUCUCAGGCUACUUUUUUUUUUUUUUUUUUUUUUUUUUUUUUAUGGGAACAGGUUUAGAUAAAUUUAUCUUCACAUCAAUCGCUCACCAAAGUAUCCUCUGCAGUGAAUGGGUGCCAUAAGAAUGAAACAUUCCAAACAGUUGAUAUAAACAAAACAAUAAUCCACAAUAAAUCAACAAGCUAUACACUCGACUCCAAAUGGUGUAUUACUCUGUAAAUUAUAUCUGAGCAUUUUAUUGAUAGUGAUCCUUGAAAUGUGCAUAAUCGAUCAACAGUAUGUAGAAAACAAUAUUGGCCUUAGAACAUAACAUUGAGGAGCUCAAUUUGCGAUGUGUGCAAUAAUCAUAAUACCGGCUACAGAACACACAUCUACAAGAAGCAUAUAUACAUAUAAAUAUUAAUUAAAUGCAAUAAUCCAGUGAGAUUUUUGUUUGCACAAGUAGUCUGACAGAAGCCAGUGCUCCACACAUAGAUCUGAUCUCAUCAUCAUCCUGACUCUCUGGAAUGCCACAAAGAAACAGGACAAAAUGAGAAGAACUGUAGCAAUACCUCCAACAUGCUUCAAUAAACCUGCAAAGCAACAGUACUGUGCAAAGUUUAAGGCACUUGUGUAAAAAUGCUGUAAAUUGAGGAUGCCAAAUAUAACGCCAUAAAUAGAUUUUAUUAAUGAACUUCUCAUAACUUAAAUUUUUAUUGAGUGUGUUGAUUU